GGAUUCGAACUCGCGACUAUCAGAUUGGCGAGUCAAGCGUACUAACCACCAGGUCUUGCCAGGCCCUGUCAGCGGGGGCACUGCUGUAGCUCACCACACUGCCAGCGUUGACAAAGUCUUCUCAUACAUUACACCAAAGCUCAUAUACUAACGUGCCAGUUCCGAGGACUGGUGUACGAAGGAAAAUGCUCAUGCGACUUUCCGCCAGUGCUCACCUGAGUUAGAUGUUGGAAAGACGUUUACAAAUAAAAUUACCGCAGUCGUCGAAAAGAAUUCAGAGAAAAACUCUUGACUACAUUCAGACGAUGAUAUGCUUCUGGAAAUUUUGAUGGUCUCAGUAAUUACUUUCAGGAAGUAAAACGAUGAAUAGGCACUUAAUUGGAACUAUUGCAUUCUUACUGAUAAUCCUGAGUAAUAGGGUGCUCGGACGGACCUCUUACGGCUACAACAAAGAACCUGAAUUCGCCGAACCAGUCCGCAAUGUGACAGUCGCCGUAGGACGCACUGCACAACUUCUUUGUGUUGUGGAUAAUUUGGGAACAUACCGGGUGGCCUGGUUAAGGGUUGAGAGUAAAACUAUAUUGACCAUCCACCAGAAUGUGAUCACAAGGAACUAUAGAGUCAAUCUCAGUCAUAAUGACCACAGAAACUGGGUACUGCACAUUCGUGAUGUCCAAGAGUCUGACAGGGGAGGGUACAUGUGCCAGAUUAACACCGUCCCAAUGAAGAGUCAGGUUGGAUACCUCGAUGUGUUUGUGCCUCCAGAAAUCCUUGGGUCUGAAAGUAGCUCCGAUGUUCUGGUUCGCGAGGGGUUUAAUGUGACUCUCACGUGCCGAUCGAAGGGUUACCCCACCCCUACGGUCACAUGGAGACGUGAAGACGGGGAGCCUCUGGCCGUUGGAAACUGGCAGAAUAAUAUGAUUCAAGUUUCUAAGUUUGUCGAAGACCUAUCUCUUUCAGCAAAAGUCCAUAAGGGGGCGCAACUAAACAUUACCAAAGUGAGUCGCUUACACAUGGGAGCCUACUUAUGUAUCGCUUCCAAUGGAGUUCCGCCUUCUGUAAGCCAUAGGAUCAUACUUCAAGUUCACUUCCCACCACUAAUCUGGAUUCCACAUCAACUGGUCGGAGCGCUUCUAGGAAGUGACAUCACAUUGGAAUGUCACACCGAAGCUUUCCCAACACCAGUAAAUUAUUGGACAAAGGAAGACGGUGCUAUGAUUGUAUCAAACAUGAAAUAUACCUGUGGUACCAUAGAAGAAACUUACAAGAUUUACAUGAAGUUAACCAUACGAAACGUGGAACCUGUUGACUAUGGAAAAUACAGAUGUUUCGCUAAAAAUUCUCUCGGAGAAACGGAAGGGUCAAUUCGCCUAUAUGAAAUCCACAUUUCUUCUCCAAAUGAAGGUGAACUAUCAACUUCCUUCUUACAAAGUGUAAAUGGAAAAAAACAGUGGAUCAAUAACUCAACUGUCGGUAAACCAGCAUUCUCGGCCGAGGGCGACGCCGACAAUAGACGGGGUGGCAAGUUCAAUGAUCAUACAAGAAAGAAUGACAGAACUUCCAGAAACAGCUCCUCAAGUUCUCCAGAAUUACCUGGAAGAUUCAAGAAGGACCAACUCACAUUGAUUAUUGUUAACGGGCUGUUACUUGGGGCAUAUUUUCUUCUUCAUUUUGAGCUCUCCGCUGUUAGGUGAACUAAUAAAUGAGCUCAGCAAGAAAACAGAGCACAAGAUGACAGAAGAAUCGACGAUAGAAAAAUAUUAGGCUUGGGACCAAUGAUAUACAUUUGAACAAAAAAAAAUAAAGAUGUUCUUGUUCGCAUAUUAAAAGUUUGUGAAAAUUACAUACACAAAAUGAGAGAUAUCAAAUACAGCUAGAAAGUGAGGAUUAUUUUAAUGCUAAUUAUCUAAACGCGACAAAAUAUGUGAUCUUGAGCAUCUUUAUAAAACAUUCUGCAAUAAUAGAAGUGUAUAAAAAUAUUGAAA